AUGGGAUUGUGUUUUAGCAAAAAGUGUUGCCUCACAAAAGAGAAGAAAGACGAUUAUGAUCUGUUUAAGUUAGGAACGACUACUCUCAAUACUACCACUUAUUACCCUACUACUGCCGGAGGAGGAGAAUGCAAACGUAGAGGCAACCACCACCAUCACGGAGGUGGAGGUAGAGGUGGAGGUGGCGGUCACCAUCUCAAAAAAGAGGUGAACAUAGAGAAGAAAGACGAUUAUGAUCUGUUUAAUUUAGGAAGGACUACUCUCGAUAGUACUUAUUACCCUACUACUGCCGGAGGAUCAGGAGGAGGAGAAGGCCACCGUCAUCAUCACGGAGGCAACCACCACCAUCACGGAGGUGGAGGUGGCGGUUGUGGAGAUGGAGGUGGCGGUUACGGAGAUGGAGGUGGCGGUCACCACUAUCACGGUGGUCAUCAUCAUUGA